UCCCCCGAACCCUAUAUCCCCAUGGCUUGUCCUUGUCUCUCCUUUUUACUUCCUGAUUAUCAAAUAGGGGACAGCGACCUGAACAACAUGGGACUCGGCAUGAUAGGAACAAUCCUGCUCGACCUCUCCCUCGUCGGACUCGUCUACGCCGCCGCGCUCAUCUUCUACCGGCUCUCUCUCAGCCCAUUGGCACGCUUCCCCGGCCCGCGUCUCGCAGCAGCCACCGGGCUCUACGAAAUGUACUAUCAACUCAUCAAGGGCGGCAUCUUCACCUGGCAGAUCAAUCGCCUGCACGACCAAUACGGGCCGAUCAUCCGCAUCAAGCCGGACGAGCUGCACAUCCGGGACCCAGACUACUACGCGACGCUGUACUCGGGCCCGGGCACGCACCGCAACAAGGAGGCCGGCUUCAGCUUCAUCGCCUUUCCGCAGUCCAUUUUUUCCACCGAGGACCAUGCGCUGCACCGCGACCGCCGCCGGGUGCUGGGCCAGUUCUUCAAGAAGAACGCGAUCCGGCGGCUCGAGCCGGCGAUCCGCGCCAACAUCGCGCUGCUGGAGCAGCACUUCGCCUCGCUGGUCGACACGCAGGGGUGUCUGGAGCUGCACACGGCGUUCCAGUGCUUCACCUCGGACACGCUCUCGCAGUACUGCUUCGGCCGCCAGCAGGGGUUCCACUACCUCGAGCAGCCGGAGCUGUCCACCACCUGGAAGCUGCGCAUCAACUGGAUGUUCGAGUUCUGUCGCGUGAACCGCCAUCUGCCGUUCUUGGUCGUGUUGGCGCGGCGCUGGCCCGCCAUGGCGCAGCGGUUCUGUCCGCCCUUCGUGCGCCACGCAAUCCACCAACACCAAACAUCCCCCUCAAAAACCGACACCACCACCACCACCACCACCACCACCCCCCGAGACCCAACCCCACCAAUCUACCUGAGCAUCCUCGCCGACCCCUCCGUGCCCCCCAGCGAAAAGGACUCGCCCCGUCUCGAAGACGACGCCAUCUUCCUCAUGAUGGCCGGCACGGACGCCCCCUCCCAAGCCCUGGCCAUCACCAUGUUCCACAUCCUGCACAACCCAGAAGUUCACCAACGACUCAAAGCCGAGCUCCUCGCCAACAUCCCAGACAUGCGCUGCAUACCUGCACUGGAAACCCUGGAACAACUUCCCUUCCUUAGCGCAACCAUAAAAGAAGGACUCCGCCUCUCCUCCAUCGUCACGACGCGCCUGCCGCGCAUCGCCCCGCACGAGACGCUGCGCUAUCAGCACUGGGAGAUCCCGGCUGGUACACCAGUAAGCAUGUCCACCUACUUCAUCCUCCGCGACCCGACCAUCUUCCCGGACCCGACUUCCUUCCGCCCGGAGCGGUGGCUGCUCGCGCCGGACGACGCGCUGCGGCUCCAGCGGUACCUGGUGCCCGCGUCCAAGGGCACGUUGGGGUGUUUGGGGCAGAACAUGAACUCCGCCUGGACGCACCUCGUCCUGGCCACGCUGUUCCGGCGCUACGACCUCGCGCUCCACGACACCACCGCGGCGAACGUGGAGAUGACCCGCGAUAAUUUUAUCGGGCAGACGGCGCCGGGGGCGAAUAAUGUGCAGGUUAGGGUUUUG